GCGGCCCCGCCCGCGGGUGGCGGGCGGUCACGUGACGCGACGGCUGGGGGCUCCCGGCGCGGGGGACGCUGGUGGCCAAGAUGGCGGCGGAGCUGGUGGAGGCCAAAAACAUGGUGAUGAGUUUUCGAGUCUCCGACCUUCAGAUGCUCCUGGGUUUCGUCGGCCGGAGUAAGAGCGGACUUAAGCACGAACUCGUCACCCGGGCCCUGCAGCUGGUCCAGUUUGACUGUAGCCCUGAGCUGUUCAAGAAGAUCAAGGAGCUCUACGAGACCCGCUACGCCAAGAAGAACCCAGAGCCUGUGCUCCAGCCCCACCGGCCCCUGGACCCCCUGACCAUGCCCUCAGCCUACGACCGUGCGGGCGUGGUGCCCAGGACUCCCCUCUCGGGCCCCAACAUUGACUACCCCGUGCUCUACGGGAAGUAUUUAAACGGACUGGGACGGUUGCCCACCAAGGCCCUCAAGCCAGAAGUCCGCCUGGUGAAGCUGCCCUUCUUCAACAUGCUGGAUGAGCUGCUGAAGCCAACCGAGUUAGGGCAGCCAUGGAGAUGGCCACGGGCAGCAUGUGCGUCAGUGACCAGACAGGACCUGACUCCUUGCUUGUCUUCAGUUCCACAGAACAACGAGAAGCUGCAGGAGAGCCCGUGCAUCUUUGCGCUGACACCAAGACAGGUGGAGCUGAUCCGGAACUCCAGGGAGCUCCAGCCCGGGGUUAAAGCCGUGCAGGUCGUGCUCAGAAUCUGCUACUCCGAUGCCAGCUGCCCCCAGGAGGACCAGUACCCGCCCAACAUCGCCGUGAAGGUCAACCACAGCUACUGCUCCGUCCCGGGCUACUACCCCUCAAACAAGCCCGGAGUGGAGCCCAAGAGGCCCUGCCGCCCCAUCAACCUCACCCACCUCAUGUACCUGUCCUCAGCCACCAACCGCAUCACCGUCACCUGGGGGAAUUACGGCAAGAGCUACUCCGUGGCCUUGUACCUGGUGCGGCAGCUGACUUCCUCAGAGCUGCUGCAGCGGUUGAAGACCAUCGGCAUCAAGCACCCGGAGCUGUGCAAGGCGCUGGUCAAAGAGAAGCUGCGCCUGGACCCAGACAGCGAGAUCGCCACCACCGGCGUGCGGGUGUCCCUCAUCUGCCCCCUGGUGAAGAUGCGGCUGUCAGUGCCCUGCCGGGCGGAGACCUGCGCCCACCUGCAGUGCUUCGACGCCGUCUUCUACCUCCAGAUGAAUGAGAAGAAGCCCACCUGGAUGUGCCCGGUGUGCGACAAGCCGGCCCCCUACGACCAGCUCAUCAUCGACGGGCUCCUCUCCAAGAUCCUGAGCGAGUGUGAGGACGCCGACGAGAUCGAGUUCCUGGCUGACGGCUCGUGGUGUCCGGUCCGCGCCGAGAAGGAGCGGAGCUGCAGCCCGCAGUGCCCUGUCCUCGUCCUCGGCACCUCGGAUGCCAACGGGCUCCUGGCCACCCCCAGCGUCAAUGGCGGCGGCAGUGCGGGCAGUGGCCCGGGCAGCGGGGCCGGCGCGGGCAGCAGCAUGGAGAAUGGGAAGCCGGGCGCGGACGUGGUGGACCUCACGCUGGACAGCUCAUCCUCGGAGGAGGAGGAGGAGGAGGACGAGGACGAGGAGGAGGACGAGGAGGAGGACGGUCCCCGGCCAAAGCGCCGCUGCCCCUUCCAGAAGGGCCUGGUGUCGGCCUGCUGACCGCCGCCGGACAUGCAGCCUCGGGGAGGAGUGCUUUCUCUUUUCUUUUCACUGUUGUUCAUUUUGUUUUCCACCCCCGCCCCCGGCUCCCAGCACUUGUACCUCUGGACACUCCUAUCAGAGGAUUAAAAAAGUAAAAUGACAAAACCCCCCCCCCCCAAAAAAAGUUGAAAAAAAAAAGCCCACAGGAAAAAAAAAACAGAAAAAAGAAAAAAAGAAAGAAAAACGAAACACACACAAAAAUCAAACUCUUACCAACGAGGCGAACCCCCCUCGGAGCCGCUUCUCCUGCAGUGUCCCGGCCCAAGACUGCGCCAACCCCGGCCGGGGGGCGGCCAGGACCCCGGGGAGCCACCGCCGCCACCUCCAAACCCGCUUCCGACGACAUUCCAGCUGGAGCACGGGGGACCCGGGGCGGGCGGCCCCAUGGACGGCGACCACGGCGUCCCCGUGCGUCUGUCCCUUUGCUUUUCUCUCUCUGCAAACGCGUCCUCUCGCCCGGAGCCCCCCGAACGCGCCGAGCCGCGAGCUGUCUCGGCCAAGAAGCCAUGGGGAGGGGAUUUGGGGGUGGGGGGCGGAGCGGCCCGGGAGGGCGUAGCCACAGAUGCGUUGUAUUUUUCGAAAGUGCAAUAACUUGGAAUCCCGGAGGCCUGGUGUGGGCGUGGGGGGGGGGGGUCUCGGUUUUUUAGCCAGCUACCUCGGUAAAUCCAAUUCAGGUUAACUUCCCCGCGGAGCGGGCUGGGGGCUUGCCGCCAGCCCCCCUGCCCACCCCGGGGCCGGCGGGGCUCUCCAUUUGGGUGGGCUUGUUUUCGUUCUCGCUCUUGGGUUUUCAGACGGGUACGAGGUCUGCCCGGCACCCCCUCCCCUGGGGGCCGUGCUCUCGUCUUCCAACAGGACCUGGGGGGACCGUCCCCCGGCCACCCACCAGCCCGGCCCCCGGCGGCCCCCUGGCCAUGCCCCAGCACCCCCUUGCCCCCCAGAGCCCGGGGUGGGGAGGGCAAGACGGCUCCCCUGGGAUCCCCAAACCACCUGUGCCCACCCUUUCGUCUUGUUUUGCUUUUUCUCUUCCCUGACCCCGGAAUGAUUUUCCUUUGUAUCCACAGAACUCUCCUAGUCAGGAAGCAAUAUUAUUUCAGGUUUCAAGAAGAAAGGGAAACAAGAUCUGGUAGAGGGCAAAUUCAGUUUCACUGUAUAAACGCAGUCGUGCAGCUCGGCCCUCUCCGUCUGCACUGGCAGCCGGGGGCCGCAGUUUUCUAAUAUUUGUAUUCUAAUUUAAUUGUUUUUUAAAAAUGCAAAUAAAAACGGUCAAGGCAAAGCUGCUGCGGCGCCCUGCUUU